GACUGUUGCGCCUCGAAUGAACAAGGAUCAAAUCAUGCAGGCGGUGGGCCGACUUCGGAAAAUCCACUUUGAUCAGUCCGUGGCUUUUUACGGGCCGCCGGAAGUGACGAACAGUAUUCUCGAAGAGUGCAGGGCCUUGGAUCAGAACACCUGGAUGAAUGAUGACUCUUCAAGGAAGAUCCACGACCAGUCAUCUCCUCUUGUUACUUCUAGUGAUCUCCUGUUUUGGGUCACCCUGAACACAAUCCACGCUGUUGAAAACGCCCUGCUGCCUUGGGCUUCGCAGGGGGCCACUUAUUGUGCAGUGUCCGGGGAUUCGCGGCGUGCCUUGCUCGAAGAAAAAUGUGACUUGAUGACUUUUUACGGCCAUUCGACGAAACUGCAACUCAUCCGGGACUUAGGCCUGAAAGAUUUCACCAGUCAACAACGACAAGCGCAGGCGCGUCUGGAGGAGUCCAAAAAACUGGCUGGCUUAUUGCGCUUCGGCAUUGACCAAGAGGAUUCUUCACUACGAGGCGAUGAGGUACUUACUCGCAAAUGCGAAAUUUAGAUAUUUUGUAGAACCGACGUGUUGCACUAGGCAGUAUUGCAAGUAGAAGGUAGGUUUGGAUUCCAGAUAAGUGACUUGAAAAAUUGAUAUCAGUAUUCGACCCCAGCGAUAUCAUAAUAUAUCUGUGGCGACAUAAUUUCCUCAUCUUUCUACAUUCCUACAACAGGGAUCUGUCGGUAAAAGUUCUGGUUCUUUGGAAGGAAGUAUUUUUGGACGAACAGAAGAGAAGAUUCUCAAAGCAUUAGCUGAGUUCGGGUGCGAUCGGGAAGUCGCGCGCUCGGCACUGGACGACGAAUACGAACGCGAGUUGGAGCAGGAAGAGGAGGAAGAGCAAGAGCGCGAGCUUCCUCCACGAGAGGCACCGGCUUCAUCUAAGGACUUGCCGAAUUUCCGUACGCUGGUCGAGAAAGCAGCGGACGUUCUAGGGGACUUCGCAUCCAUUUCACGACCCGGGCAAGUUUUCUCAGAGACUGCAUGUUCGUUCUUUCGAGACGACGGGGCGAGUUUGAUUUUUGAUGCUCUCGAGCGGACGACGAAAGAUUCUUGUUUAUGCGUGACCGAGGAUUUUGGUACGACACUUCGAAGGCAGCAGCAAGCCUCGGCGCUCCGAUCCAGUAGAGUCAAGGGCAAGAAUGCGGGAAGCGCUGUUCUCGGCGCGCCUGUCUUUCGUGGCAUGGACCAGUACCUGCGACCCGUAAAUAGUGUUUUGGUACUUCAACGCAAUCAUGGCGACCUUCGAAUUUGUCUCUCCGACCGGGAAGCGGGGCACCUAUUGACGGAAAUCUAUUCCCAUGGACGUCGUUUCCAUGCAAAGUCUGCGCAGCGCACGAAAGAUGGGCUCAUUCUGUUCACGCACGUGCCCAAUGGGGGUGGAGUCGUGGCAGGAGAUGCUGGUCGCGACUGUUCGGCGACGAACACUUUGAUGGCAGUGAAUGCCGCAGGAGAGCGACCUACGGAAUCUGUGCUCAGCAAGGCUUUACCACCAGCAGCGCAAGCUGCACUGCAACUCUUCAACGGGGAGUCCAAAUUUGGGUCCGAACAGGUGCGUCAGGUUGUCCGCAACAUGAUUGCAUACCAGAAAAAUGAAGACACCCGUUGUCGCAUGGUUGAAAUGCUAAAGGCCAUUCGCCGCAUGCGCGGCAGAGAACACGAAUUCGACCGAAGCGAUCUCGACAAAAUUCUCAAAUCCUUCGGCUUGGAAACUAUAGCAUAAUCCUGAAAGUCAGAAUAGACGCGAAGGACUGCUUCUUGCUCCAUUCUUUUCUUCGAAAAACAAGGGAAGCUCAACAGGAGAAUAAGGGAUGUUUGAGAUGAUGGAUGUCGAAGAAAAGAAGAAGCAUGAUAAUGAAUAUACUAGUCCAGCACGUUUUAGUAAUUAAAUAGUAGAAAAAAUAGAUGAUACAAGUAACAAAUGUUUAGUAUUGGAAAUACACAUAGUGAAUUACUGAGCAACAUGCCGCCGGCUGUGAAAAAUUAUACCAAUUGCUAAGGAAUCCUCUCCAGCAUGUUUUCACUCUUAUGAGGAGGUAGCUAGGUAGGUGCUUAUCUCGAAACUUAUAAUGACGGUAAAAGAUUUGGCGGUUGAACAUUUUUCUUACUUGAAAGAUAUUGUAGUCUAGAUUUGAAAGCGAUAACAUACUAACUCAUUUUGUGUUGUUCGUUCUGGUAUUAAAAAAAAAUCCAGAUCCACCAGAUGGUCUGAGAACGAAUUUUGACAGAAGAAAAUGGAAACUGCUGGAAUUGGAAACAACGUGAAACAGUUUUUCGAAUAAAGUAGUCCCGUUUAUUUUGCGGCGCUCCUGGUGAUCUCUGCCAGGCUCAUUCUUUCGUCGCCCAGCAAAGCUCAUUUCAAUUUCUGAAUCGUUGCGAAUAUUUUCUUUUAAUACAAGGGGCUUGAAUUAUAUAAGUAUAAUUUCUAUUUCGUUUCGAAACUCAUUCUUCUCGACAGCGGUCCAGUCGAACUCAUUCCGUGAAAAGUGAAGUUUUCUGUGAACUUACCUGGCAUCUCGAUGCACAUCGGGCUCAUUCCAUCUUUCCGCCAGUAAACUCAUUAAAGUGUUAACAUGUGACACGACACUGCAUUCUCAUGUUGAAAAAUUUCUAGAAAACUCAUUCUGCACCCAUUCCGCUAUCGCCUAACUCAUUAAACCAUCGAAAGAA